AUGUCUAUGUCCACUUCUCACAUCCUAGUCUACCCUUUCCCAGCCCCAGGCCACAUGAUCCCACUCCUCAACCUAACCCACCGGUUACUCUCCGACGGCCUGAUUAUCACCAUAUCGAUUACCCCGAAUAAUCUCCCUUUACUUGCUCCACUCCUCUCCAUUCACCCAUCCUCUCAGCUCCAACACUUGCUCCUUCCCACUCCACCAAAUCCCCCUUCAGGCCUCCUUGCUGAAACUCGUUCGUUGCGCGAUCACCACUAUCCAAUCCUUCUUGAUUGGUUCCAAUCUCACAGUUCCCCUCCUCUUGCUAUCAUCUCUGACUUUUUUCUUGGAUGGACCAACCAAUUGGCUUGCCAAGUGGACAUUCCACGAAUCGUCUUCUCGCCAUCGGGUUCCUUUUCCUUUUCAAUCUUCGAUUCACUAUGGCGUGACCACCCUCAAAAUGAAAAUCCAAAUAACAUGGACUUCGUCGUGUCAUUUGCUGAUGUCCCGAAUUCUCCAUCAUUCCCUUGGUGGCAAAUCUCUCAUGCUUACAGGAGGUCCAAGGAGGGAGACCCAGAUCGGGAAUUUUUUAGAGACACCAGCUUGGAGAACUUGAAAAGUUGGGGAUUCGUGGUCAACUCGUUUUCCCAGUUGGAACAUGUUUAUCUCGAUCGCAUGAAAACUCAGUUUGGAGAGGAUCAUGUUUGGGCUGUCGGUCCCAUCUUGCCAACUGAUGGGUCCAGCUCAGAAGUGCCAUGUCAUGAGGUGCUUACUUGGCUUGAUGGGCAAAAAGGUAAUUCUGUUCUCUAUAUUUGCUUCGGGAGUCGAGAAAUGCUGACGUGGGAACAAAUGGAGGAGCUGGUUGCUGCGCUGGGCGAAAGUGAUAUCCACUUUGUAUGGUGUGCUAGGCAGCCGAGCAGAAGAGACGAGUCGAACGAGUUCGGGGUGCUCCCAGAUGAGUUUGAAGAACGAGUUCGGGUGAGCGGGAGGGGUUUCAUUGUCAAAGAUUGGGCUCCCCAAGUGGCUAUAUUAGAGCAUCCUUCUGUGGGUACCUUUUUGACUCAUUGUGGGUGGAACUCGGUGCUUGAAGGGAUUGUAGCUGGUGUGGUGAUGCUUACAUGGCCAAUGGGUGCUGACCAAUUCUACAAUGCACAGUUGGUGGUUGAUGAGUUGGGGGUUGGUAUACGAGUUGGUGAGGACACUGUAAAAAUUCCCAAGUCAACUGAGUUGGCUCAAAUAUUAAACGAGUCAAUGGAGGAGAACAGGCCGGAGAGACAAAAAGCCAGGAAGCUCAAAGAGGCAUCAUUAGAAGCUGUCAAAGGAGGGAGCUCCAAUAAAGAUUUGGAUCGGCUGGUUAAGAGCCUAAAUGCACUCUAA